AUGGACAUGAAUGUGUCAGCGCGUUGUGCUUUGUUUUUAUUUCUGUUGGCAUUUGUAGAUUUGAAAAUAGUCUCUGCUGCAGAAACGGGAGGAACAUCUACAGGUGAGUUGUGACAAUUUGCUGAGUUUUUUUAAGAAGCCUACUACACUUGACUUAGGUGUUAUAGCCUACCUAUGUGGUUAGAAACACUAGCCUAUAAUAGUGCAUAGGCCCUUUUGCAACCUAUUUUGUUGCUACCUUACUAAAAAUACAAGCCAGCCAUUAUGACUUAAAACAAUCCAGCCUACACUUGGCAAUUGUACGGCCAUUUUACGCAUACAAUGUAAUUUUUAAAAUAGUUGUUUCAACUAAUUAUUAUUCAGUAACUGGUUCCACAGCCAUUUUAAGUUUACUCAACUUUUCGAUCAAAGUGUUACCUGAACAUAACAUUUUUAAUUGGGUCCAAACUUAGCUCCAACUUGAGAAAACUUAUGCAAAAAUUCAGUCAACAUAAAAUGAUGUGUUUGUUCAACUUGUCUCAUAUGUUCUGUAAACUAGAAGUUAUUAUUUGGGCAUCUUAAAGCACUGUUUGUGUGUCUGUGUAUAACCAGUUGCACAGACCUUUUUAGUUAACAUACAAUGUUUGAUUGUGAGUGUUCAGAAGGCUGUCAUGCAUUUUCAAGGGUGGUAUGGGGGAAACAUUGAUGAUGGGGGCCAAAUGUCUCCAAAAUGAUUAAUUUGACACUAAAUUAUUUAGGGUAUAGUCUACAAUCUUUCCAGAGAUGCAAAUUCCGACUUAUCGUAACCAUCUCCACACAAACAUGACAUAUUUUCAGAAAAUGGUUCAGUCUAAUUAUGUCCAUGUUCAUGUCUCUUUGUGGAAAGUUGGAUUCCUUGACAUGUCUGCUCAAAUUGUAUUCCCAAAGCAAAGCCUGGAGUGUGCCCUCGUAGACGUUGGGGCAUAGGGAUAUGUGUAGAGUUAUGUUCCAAUGACAGUGACUGCCCCAAUGAUGAAAAAUGCUGCUUCAACGGAUGUGGGCAUGUCUGCAUUGCAUCUACACAGGUAGGAUAUGGACACAAAGUGACAAAUACAGACAUCCAUUGCAUCCAUUAUUUCUGCAUUACUCUGGAAACAAGAAAGCUGGAGCUAGUAAUGUACAUUUCAUGCAUAUAGAUGGAUAUAUUUCACAUACACUCUCUUUAGCGCUGUGACACUAAAUCAUAUCCCGUUCAAAGGCACUUCAAUCUUUUGUCUUGCCCAUUCACGCUCUGAAUGGCACACAUACACAAUCCAUGUCUCAAUUGUCUCAACACUUAAAAAUCCUUCUUUAACCUGUCUCCUCCCCUUCAUCUACACUGAUUGAAGUGGAUUUAACCAGUUACAUCAAUAAGGGAUCAUAGCUUUCACCUGGAUUCACCUGGUCAGUCUAUGUCAUGGAAUGAGCAGGUGUUCAUAAUGUUUUGUACACUCAGUGUAUAACACAUUGUGGUUGAUAAGGUGAUGCAAAUGCAUAUUUCAGGGAAAGGGAAUUUGGGAAUAUAUAAUAAUAAUAUAAUAUGCCAUUUAGCAGACACUUUUAUCCAAAGCGACUUCCUGUCAUGUGUGCAUACAUUUUUACGUAUGGGUGGUCCCGGGGAUCGAACCCACUACCCUGGCGUUACAAGUGCCAUGCUCUACCAAUUGAGCUACAGAGGGAUAGCAACAUAUGCUACUUACUAUACAGCAAUUCACAGAACAUUAAGAUGACAAUUUGUCAAGGGCCACCAACAAGAUUCCAACUCAUUGUAAUAGUAAGACUUCAAUGGAAAGAGUCAGUGUACGGAUUAUUUCCAGAGUUCUACUUGUGACACUCAAGGUGUGGGUUGAUGGUCACUAGACUUGAUGCUGAAUGUCAUGGAUUGUUCUCAUAUCUGUUGAUAGUGAUUGACGCCAGACUGGAGGUACAAGAGCCGAGGACACACUGAUUAUUCACUGUUGUAUUGUACUGAUGACAUUCUAUGAACACUGUGUGACUCUGUAGCAGCUGACAAAGUCACUGCAUGUUUGUUUUGACUUCCUACAAGCCUCUAGAGCUGGAGUUUACAGAACAUUUGGUGCUGUCUGAUUAGAAUAGAAAGGGCCUGUCUCCAAGAAGCCAGUUAGACAUUUUCUCUGUUUUUGUCCUGGAAGUGUCUCCCUGUUGCAACUUGUAAUAAACAUUAAUGAAAAAUUAUUAUUAUUAACCCAUCCACGUCUUCGAAGGACACAUAUCUUUUUUGGUUUUUACAGCUUUUCUGCUACAUAUACAUACAUUUUACAUAUACAUUUUACAUACAUUUUACUUUUAUAUGGAUAGAUUUAUUAUGGAUAGAUUUGAUUGACUUAAUCUGCUACUGCUUUUCUCGUUUGUUUACCUAGAAAUUCCUAUUACACCUAUGUUUCUACGGUGUAACUGACCGCUUUUUCUCUGUUACCAUAGUGAAGCCCGGUCGCUGUGCCCUGCCCAAGGGGACCUAGAUGUGUGCCGAGUACUGUUACCAAGAUGGCCAUUGCCCCGAGGAACAGAAGUGUUGCCGGAUAUUCUGA